GCUGGGGUCAAAGGUAGUUCUUCCGGGUGACAAAGCUGCAGCUUGCAGAUACGAAAGGAGGGAGAACCUCAAGAACAUCUUUUUAACAACACACCUGUCAGGUUCCUCUGAGUAAAAGCAGAAGAUGUUGAGGAGGAAACCGACUCGUCUGGAGCUGAAGAUCGACGACACCGAAGAGUUUGAGAGCGUCAAGAAAGAGCUUGAGACCAGGAAGCGUCAACGUGAGGAGGCGGAGUCAGGAGGAGGAGCGGGCGGGGCUUCUCUCAGUGUUGACAUCAUCGGGGGCGGGGCCUCAACAUCUUCCUCGACAGCUGCUUCGAGGGCGGAGCUUAUAAACGAGCGAAUAGGUUACAAGCCCCACCCCAAACCGGCCACGCUGCCCACCUUAUUUGGGAGUUUACAGUUUUAAUAAAUUAAACAAAUGCAUCAUCCGAA